UAGAACUAUUUUUCAUCUUUUCAGGUUUCUAAGCCAUGGAACCUGGCUCAGUGGUUCGUGCUAUCUUUGACUUCUGCCCAAGUGUAUCAGAGGAAUUGCCCCUAUUUGUAGGGGAUGUCAUUGAGGUGCUAGAAGUAGUAGAUGAAUUUUGGCUGUUGGGAAAGAAAGAAGAUGUUACAGGACAAUUCCCUAGCAGUUUUGUGGAGAUUGUGACCAUUCCCACCAUAAAACAUGGAGAAAGGCUGUUUGUCUGCAUAUCUGAAUUUUUAUCCCAGGAUAUGGAUAGUCUCUCCCUCCAUCGAGGUGACUUGGUGAUUCUGGAUGGCCCUCCCACCUCUGGCUGGCAAGAAGGUCGAAGUUGCUGGGGCAUCAAGGGCUUUUUCCCGUCAUCAUGCAUACGAGAACUUUGCCUUUCCUCCAGAAGCCACCAGUGGGAAUCUCAGAGUGCCCUACUUCACAUACCUGAGUAUUCGAUGGGCCAAGCCCGGGCACUGAUGGGACUUUCUGCUCAGCUGGAUGAGGAAUUGAAUUUUAGAGAAGGGGAUGUAAUUACCAUUAUUGGCAUACCUGAACCAGGCUGGUUUGAAGGAGAACUUGAGGGCCAAAGAGGUAUUUUCCCAGAAGGCUUUGUGGAGCUUUUAGGACCUUUGAGGACAGUGAAAGAAUCUGUAAGUACAGAAAACUCAGGAUACAUCAUUAAUGGUAUGUUAGAUGUACCUCACAAAGAGAAGAAGACAGGACCAGAGGAAGAUGAAAAUGAAUUGGGGGCUUAUGGUAUUGCCCUCUAUAAAUUCCAAGCCCUAGAGCCAAAAGAACUGGAUUUUGAGGUGGGAGACAGGAUCCAGAUUCUGAGGACAUUGGAAGAUGGCUGGCUGGAAGGAAAACUGAGGGGCAGGACAGGCAUCUUUCCUUACAGAUUUGUAAAAUUGUUUCCUAGUCCUGCAGUGGGAGAACCUAUAAGUAUAUCCCAGGAGAGCAUUCAGAGUAAGAAUUCCACAGCUUCUUUGAGUAACCUGGAGACCUCCUUUGUAGUCCAUGAGAAAAAGAACAAGCUUCACGAAUGUGAUAGAAAGGAAUCCAUUUGUACUGAAGCAUCCAUUUUGUCUCUGAAUCAUCUGACUUCAGAUUGUGAAGAAGAUAAAAUUCUUUUCCAGGAAAGGGAGAGUAUGAGUGAGCUUCUAAGAAUCCCAGAAAGGGGCCAUGAUGAGACUCCUAAUAGAAGCUUUCUUGAAAUUGAUUGCACAAAAUCAGUCAAUGGCAUUUUCCCACAAACUUCAGUUAUUUCUCAGGCCCCAAAGCAGAAAAACCAGUGUUUCCACAGUACAGAAGAGACUGGGCACCCAAGUUCAGAAGGAUGUUUUAACACUCUUCCUUCAGAAGCAAAGGACAGGAGUAGCCCUUCUUUAUCAAUCCCAGAAGGAUGUUCUCUGCCCCAAACCCUUGGGGGUCUUGUGAGCACUCUUCAGAGCAGUUCUGUAGCUUCGGGCUGUGGACUAUUAAAGUCCAGCCAGCCAAGCUCUAAGCCUGAGGAUAAGAGUGACUGGACUAAGGAGCAGCAGCAUAAGAUAGGAGAGCCUUCCUCCAGCUUUAGCAGCAUAUCAAAAAGGGAUAAGUUCCAGGGUGGUCUGCUAGCCAAGGUAGCUGUCACUACAGCAUCAGUCCUUGCGCAGGGAGAAAGCAGCACUGAUCUGGAUUCUAAAUUGACUGAGCAGUUGGUACAAUUUGAGAAGAGCCUGUCUGGAUCCAAGGCAGAAUUGGACAAGAAAAUAUCCCGGCACUUUUCCAUCAUGGACUUUAGCUCUGAGAAGGACAUUGUCCGUGGUUCUUCCACUCAGCAAGAGCCACCUGGAAGGCGGAAGGUCCUGAGACCACCCCCUCCCCGUCCUUGUGCUCCAGCCUCAACCUCUCCACACUUGGUGGUGAGCCAGAACCCGAAAUCAGAAUCCCCCUCUCUUCCAAUGAGGCCCUCCCGCCCAGCUCCUCUUCCUCCUUUGGCAUCACAGAGGAUGAAUUCAGCAUCAACCAGAGGCCAUCUUCCUGGUCAUCAUUACUGUGAUACAUUAGAGAAAGAGAACUCUAGUUAUAUGGACAGAACCCUGGACCCAGCCUCCCAGUGUUCCUUUCUGCUUGUCAGAAUUCAGGAAAUGGAGCAGGACCUGGAGGAAUUCAGCAGGACUCGGGAGGAGCUGAACCUGAUGCUGGAAGAAAAACAGGAUGAAGCACUGAGGGCAGGGACACUGGAGAACCUGGAGUUGUGUGACUAUCACAUUGAAAGGCUGAAUAUGGAACUUCAACACCUUCGAGAAAUGACUCUCCUCUCCUCUCAGUCUGCAUCCCUGGAGUCCCCCUCUGUGUCCGUGACCUCUGAUAACCCAGAGCAGAGAAUGCUGGAGAAGAGAGCCAAAGUGGUAGAAGAACUCCUCCAAACUGAAAGGGAUUAUGUGCGAGAUCUUGAGAUGUGCAUUGAACAGAUAAUGGUGCCCCUGCAGCAGGCCCAGGUGCAGAACAUGGAUUUUGAGGCACUUUUUGGAAACAUCCAGAUGGUGGUUAAUGUCUCAAAGCAGUUGCUGGCUGCUUUAGAGACCUCUGAUACUGUAGGACCAGUAUUUUUAGAGCAUCGGGAUGAACUUGAAGGAGUAUACAAAGUUUACUGUCAGAAUCAUGACGAGGCCAUUGCACUGCUGGAGAUCUAUGAGAAAGAGGAGAAGAUCCAGAAGCAUCUUCUAGAAUACUUGGAAAACCUUAAGAGCCUGUACAGCGAAUGGGGUUGCACAAACUACAUUAACUUGGGCUCCUUCCUCAUCAAACCAGUGCAGAGAGUUAUGCGUUACCCACUGCUGCUAAUGGAGCUCCUGAAUUCCACCCCAGAAUCUCACCCUGACAAAGCUCCUUUAACCAAUGCUGUCCUUGCUGUCAAGGAAAUCAAUGUCAAUAUCAAUGAAUAUAAACGUCGAAAGGAUUUAGUCCUUAAAUACCGUAAAGGAGAUGAAGACAGCCUAAUGGAGAAAAUCUCUAAACUUAAUAUCCACUCCAUCAUUAAGAAAUCCACCAGAGUAAGCAGUCACCUAAAGCACCUCACUGGUUUUGCUCCUCAGAUAAGAGAUGAAGCUUUUGAAGAAACUGAGAAGAACUUCAGAAUGCAAGAAAGACUUAUUAAGUCUUUUAUCCGAGACCUUUCCCUCUACCUUCAACACAUUCGUGAAUCGGCAUGUAUGAAAGUUCUGGCUGCCAUGAGCAUGUGGGAUGUGUGUAUGGAGAAGGGAAAUGGAGACUUGGAACAAUUUGAGAAAGUACAUCGUUAUAUCAGUGACCAACUCUUCACAGAUUUUAAAGAAAGGACAGAGCGGCUUGUCAUUUCACCCCUGAACCAGCUUCUGAGCAUGUUCACCGGACCCCACAAGCUGGUGCAGAAGCGCUUCGACAAGCUGCUGGACUUCUACAACUGCACGGAACGGGCUGAGAAGUUGAAGGACAAGAAGACGCUGGAAGAGCUGCAGUGUGCCCGUAACAACUACGAGGCCUUAAACGCCCAGCUGUUGGACGAGCUCCCUAAAUUCAGACAUUAUGCCCAGGGCCUGUUCUCCAAUUGCAUCCAUGGCUACGCUGAGGCACACUGUGACUUUGUGCACCGGGCCCUGCAGGAGCUGCAGCCGCUUCUCACACUGCUGAAAGUGGCUGACAAAGAGGGAAACCUCAUCGCCAUCUUCCAUGAAGAGCACAGCCGCGUUCUUCAGCAGCUCCAAGUCUUCACUUUCUUCCCAGAGUCUCUUCCAGCCACCAAAAAGCCCUUUGAGAGAAAAACCAUGGAGCGCCAGUCAUCUCGGAAGCCUCUUCAAGGUUUGCCAAGCUACAUGCUGCAGUCUGAUGAACUCCGUGCUGCCCUGCUAGCGAGAUAUCCCCCCGAGAAACUCUUCCAAGCAGAGCGGAAUUUCAAUGCUGCCCAAGACCUUGAUGUGUCCCUUCUAGAGGGAGACCUCGUGGGCGUGAUCAAAAAGAAAGACCCCAUGGGCAGUCAGAAUCGAUGGCUGAUUGACAAUGGAGUCACCAAAGGCUUUGUGUACAGCUCCUUCUUGAAGCCCUACAACCCACGUCGGAGCCAUUCAGAUGCUUCUGUUGGAAGCCAUUCCUCCAAUGAAUCAGAGCACAGCAAUUCAUCCCCCAAAUUCCCCCGACAGAAUAGCAACACUGCCUUGUCCAUUAACCCUGGAAAUGUAGUGGCAGAAUUCACAACAGGACCACUCCAGCAGCCUGCUCAGCACUCUUCCUUGUGGCACCAGUCAGGCCAGGAGGACGUCCAUACUUCUUUGAACUCAGUUGUUGCUGAGGAAAUUCCUUCCGGAUGCCUCUUAGACAAAGACUCUCCUUCCCAAACCAGGUCAUGGAAUACUGUGGACUUAGUAGAUUUAGCCAGAGAUUUUGAUCAACCGACUCCUGCUGUGAAGGGCUACCGUCACUCCAGUCAUCCUGAAACAGUUAGCCAAGUAGUACCACGACGCAAUGGGCAGCCUAGGCAAGGGGGAGACCUCUUAAAGGGAUAUUCAAAGAUGCUGCCCUCAGUAGAAGACCAGAACGAAGAGCUGGAAAGCAUUACGGCAGCAGGCAAUCAGGUUUAUUUUGCUGUCUACACUUUCAAAGCCCGGAGCCCAAAUGAAUUGAGUGUAUUGGCUAAUCAGAAACUCAGGAUCCUUGAGUUCAAAGACGUUACAGGAAACAAGGAAUGGUGGUUGGCUGAACUGAAUGGGAAGAGAGGCUAUGUUCCAUCCAAUUACAUCCGAAAAACUGAGUACACCUGAAUCUACACUGCUUCCUGUUCAGUCCUGCUUUUGUUUCCAUUGACAGGAGGGGUUCUAGAAAGGAGCCCACUGAAGAAAAGAGAGAGAGAAAAGGGGCCUCACACUACUUGUCUGAUAUAGAGGGGUCAUCUCCACUGUUUAACCUCGGAAUGGCAGAGUACAAGACAGAAACCUUGUUGACUGCAAUGGAAUUAUGAAUGCUGCUGCUCAUUAGAAUUAGUAGAACUGAAAAAUGGGCUCCCAAACUUAGAGGUAGACCAUACAUCACAAGGCCUGGAAUCCACAUGAGGAAAGAAUAUUUACAACCAGAAAACUAGUGUUCCUGCAUAUCAAAGUGAUGGUACCUUAGCCUCAGGGUUUCAGAGGUGACUGGCACAGCUUGCUAUGCUGUAGCUUGGUUUGAGCUUGCACACAGCCCCAGGAUUGAGUGAUGAGAUGCUAACUUGGAUCAAGUGAAAGGGGAUGGUUAUUUGAGUUGUGGCCUGACCUGUGACCUGUUUCAGACUUUACAUAUGGCAGUGACCUUGUUGGACCUAACAGACCUAAUGAUUGUAAGCCCCCUUGAUACCACAAGUCUUGAAUACACAAUACUAUUAUAUCCCCAACUUGAAAAAGUUCCCAGAUACUAAAAAUCCUUGUAUUAACAUUUCUCCCUUCCUUGCUUCUGGUAUGUAAAAUAUCAGCUUUUUCUUUACUCCUUGUAAGGUGCUAGGAGCCCUUCAACUGAAUGAAUUCUUUCUCCUGUCUUGGGGCAUAAAAUAGUUCUUCCCAUUAUAGUUCACCCAAGUGGAAAUGACCCUUUUUUUAUUAUUACACUAAAUGUGAACAAUAUUAUUACAUAUCCUCUCUCUGGGUGGCUCCACAGCCCCAAGCCAGUAGGGCUAGAGUUGCAGCCAUUCUGUAGACAGCUUUAGAGAUAUAUUGGGAUAUUUGGGCCAUACCAGCAUGCUGGAAUAUUUCUGGGGAUGUUUUACCCUCAGUGCAGCGAGGCCUUCCUUUUCUAGAAUAUCCCUGGAUGCUAGGAUAGUAUUCUCCUUCUCUUGUUAGACUAGGAUUUCCUAGAAUCAUUAGGGAGUUCUCUGAGGUGAACUGAAGCUGGAGGAGGAGAAUAGGGCCAUAUAGUCAAAGUAACAAUGGAAUUGUGUCUAUGUCUAUAUCAUAGACACAGGAUUGUCAAAACAAGCUCUAUCUGCUUCUUAUUUUCUAUCAGUUCAGAAUCUCAUCCCCAACUUACAUUCAUGUUAGGGUCAUUUUCCAUUAAAACAUAUUACAGAGCUGCUCCUCCUCACCCCUAGGCAUUAUCCUGUUUGUUUACAAGAGCUUUGCCAUCCUGGAACCACUUAUGAUGAGUAUUCAAAAGAGUGGUCUCUCUGGACCUCCCCUUUCAACUUCUGCUCCUCAAAAUCAAGCCAUCCUUGAAUGAAUUAGGAAAAUAACAACUUGCCCUUUCCCUCCCAGCACUGGGAGAUGUCUGCUGCUCUUACUAGGGGAGAAGAAAGAGGUUCUCUCCUUUACUCUUGGACUGUAAGUCGUUUUUAGAGUUGUGGAUACUGAACUAGUCCUUUUUGUAAAUAAAUUUUUUUUAAAAAAGUGAAAGACCCUUGGCACAUUUUAUCUUUUAUCCAAUAUAUUUUUGGUCUUUGGACAUUUUCACAAUAAAUUUCAUAGAAAUAAGCAACUUUAUAAAUAAAAAAAUGCUUUCUUCAGGA